UAUCUCCAUUAUUUGAAACAAUCAAAUCUGAAACACUGCUCGUUCCUUAUUAAUUUUAUCUCUUAUGAUUACUAUUUAAUCCAUAAUUAGACCACUUUACGUUUUACUUGCUCUUCAACUACUAGUCCAAUAGGCUGUUGUUAUUGGACAAGUAUUUAGUUUUAAAAUGAAGGGGAAAAAUAUAUUCUUUUUUUUUUUCCAGAAAAUGUCUUUGUUACCUUUAUUGCAUGAGCUCCUGGAUGACCGCAGGCGGCAUCCAAUGCAUGACCUGUAUGACCAACAUUUUGGAGGUGGUCUUUGGAAUAAUGAAGUCUUACAUCCCACGGCUACCUUCCUUUUGAGUCCUAUGCGAAGUGGAUACUUGAGACCCUGGAGAAACCUAGCUGUUGACGAUUCUGGAGUUUCCUCUAUUCAAGCAGACAAACAUGGGCUGCAAGUCAAUCUUGAUGUACAACAAUUUAAACCUGAAGAACUGAAGGUUUCAGUUAUUGAUGGAUACAUAGUCGUCGAUGGUAAGCAUGAAGAACGCUCUGAUGAGCAUGGUUUUGUAUCUCGUCAAUUCACUCGGCGCUACAAGAUCCCUGAUAAUGUUGAUGAGGCUGCCCUCGAAUCCAAGCUUUCUUCAGAUGGCGUACUGACAUUAAAAGCUCCUUCAAAGGCAUUACCUGACUCAAAAUCUCGGGAGAUCCCCAUCACCCACACUAACAAACCAGCAGUCAAAGAAACAAAGAAGGUUGAAGGAGAAAAGAUGGAACAAUGAACCAACUACUUCUCUUGAAUUAUUACUUUCUUGUAAAUAAUAUUAAAUGGAAUGUUUAAGUUAGUAUAACUUUUUAUCUUGAUUAUUUUGAAGACUGAUUUUUAAAAUUCUCUCCAUUUGUGUAUAAUUUACUUUUAUUGUUUCUUUUUUUUAUUUAAUUAAAAUAAAUUAUUUGAAUUUCAAU